CCCGACUUUUCCAGACGUUACCAGGAGCCGCAAUGAGCCAUCGGCCCACUUGCACUCGCACGUGUGCAUAGACACAGACGACAGACAGCAGCAGCAAUUAACCUACCCCUGGACAUGGACGUCGGAUCCGGGACCUCCAAACGUCCCGCACCCCGUGGGACAGCCGCGUAUCCUCGCAAAAGAGCCGUAGCUGCAUGCCAGACCUGCCGAUCGCGAAAGACGAAAUGCGACAACCGCCGACCUACGUGCUCGUUCUGCGAGCGCGCAGGCGCGACGUGUAAUUAUUCAACGCAAGAUCUCUCUGCGUAUGAUCCAGCUAGCUUGGCUAUUCUCGACCGGCUGGACAACUUGGAGAGAAGCUUGAAACAUCAGAUAUCACUGGUUCCUGCGUCUAUUGCAUCUGCUUCUCCGGGUACUUCGCCGAGCACGAUUAUGGUGCCUUCGCCAGCUGUGCAUGAUGAGACGUCGUCUAACCAUGCUACUGGAAACGUUUCUAUUUCUGAGGGUUCAUCACUAGCAAUCACUGUUGAACAUAUUCUAGCCUGGCCUGUCUUCGAAGGACAGUUUCAAGAACAAACAAAUCUAGCCCAGCUACUUCGCACAUCGAGGCAACUAGAUCAACCUGGUAACGCGAACUUUGACUUGGACAUUGGGACAUGUCGGCGCCUGUUAGAGAGUUGCUUCGAGCACGUUCUCAGCAAGAACCCCGUACUCGAGGAAGAUUCACUUCGAAAGACAAUGAACUCCGUAUGCAUGAACGGGGUCGAAUGGACCUCUGAAUCCUGCCUCGUUCUCCUCGUCUGCGCUCUCGGCUCCAUCGCAUCGCCAGAUGCCACGCCCUCGGAUUGGAUCGUAGCGCGAUCGUACUUCAGCGCCGCGCAGCGUCGAAUCGGCAUGCUCCUAACAUCCCCCGGCCUGAUAGCCGCGCAGUGCUACUUCCUCGCAGGGGUGUACUUCAUGUACAGCAUCUCGCCGCUCGAGGCGUGGCGCAUGUUCGCGCAGGCCGUGACCUGCAUAUACCCCGAGUACCCGGUCUCCACGCCACCGGGCCAGUACUCGCUAGAAGAAUGCGUCUACUGGUCGUGCUGGAAGUCCGAGGUCGAGCUGCGGAUGAAUCUUAGAUUAUCCAGCUUCGGGGGCGGUGGGGUGGUAGGCGACCAGUAUCCACAGCAUAUCCCAGAGCCACCGGUUACAACUGAUGCGUCGCAUGAGCCGAAGUGGUACUACUACCUCGCGGACAUUUCGCUCAGGCGGCUCGAGUUGAACAUUCGAGAUACGGUGUCUGCUAUCCUGAAACGGAAGACGAGCAUGGGGUCAAGGUAUAGAGAGUUGGUGCGCGUUGUUCCAACGCUAGAAGAACAAUUACAGGACUGGGUGCGCUCGAGUCCAGAUAUUUUCACUGUUCACGAAUCUGAGGAGACGAUUUUACAAUUCAUCAUAGGCGGUCGUUUGCUCGACAGCUAUGAUGUGCUUUACAUUCCCUUCCUCGAGGCAGCUCUAUCGACUCCGUCAUUCAGUGAAGACGUCGCCUCCCUGGUAGACGACUAUGCACGCAAAGCACUUGACUGUUGUGCAGAGCGGUUUCGUGAACGAAAACCUGGGUUCGCGACCCGUCACCAUGGCACCUGGCUGAUGCUCCGCACUUCGACCAGGAGCUCUCUUAUGAUAUUGGCGACCUGCAUCUCUGGGCGGUUGGAUCUGCUGCCGGAUGGGUGGCAGAAUGCGCUUGCAGUUGCGGCGUAUUCGUUGAAUAUAUGGAAAGACGAAUCUUAUGAUGUAAAGGCUCAAUUGGAGAUUAUCCUUUCAUUGAGUGCGAAAGUAGGACUCGAUCUGUCGGCAGACAUGAACGGUCGUUGAAGAGUGCUCGUCUACUACGACCAUCAAUGGUCAUUCGCUGAGGUUGAUAACCGACAGGGAUGGCGCGCGGAAUGUCGGUUAUGGCGG